AUGGAUGAUGUGCUCACAGGUUCGGAUAGUGUUGCAGAGGCGUCGACCAUGAGAUAUCAACUGGAUAAAAUGAUGUCUGCAGGAGGUUUCCAGCUUAGAAAGUGGGCAUCCAAUUGCUUGGAAGUAUUGCAAGGAAUUCCAGCAGCAAACUUGGCAAUUCGUGAUAUAGAUAUAGAGUUAGAACAAGAUCCGUCGAUUAAGACUUUGGGAUUAGUCUGGUGGCCGAAAACGGAUGUGUUCAAGUUUCAAUUUGUCAUCCCUCCGAUUGACGACAGGUGGUCCAUCUCUCGUCGGCAGCUUCUAUCGAUCAUUGCCACGCUUAUCGAUCCUCUGGGUCUGGUGGGAGCUACCAUAACUAUAGCGAAAUAG